AAAUGGGCCAUUCUGCAAUGAUGCAGAGAGGAAAUGGUCACAGCCCUGAGAAAAUGGAUUUUGUGUUUUUGCAUAAUAAAAGAAAGCGACUUUCUCCUGCUGUAGUGGAGCACAAUGUGAUGAGAACCAGGGAAGAAGAAUAUGAAGAUAGUGACAGUGUCAUUUAUGAGUAUGAACCAGACUAUGAAUGUGAAAGCAUUUUAUCUGAAGCUUCUUAUACUGGAUAUCAACAGAAUCCUCUUAUGGAGGUCCUCAGUUAUUGCCAGGCCAUGUAUGAUGCCAUUCAGAAGCUGGAUAAAAAAUUUGACCUGCUUCAUCGUAAGGUCUCAGAAAUGCAGCACACUCGUAUAAAGCCAUUCUUGCUCAAACCUAAACCAGUUGGAUUUACAUACAGAAGUUCCAGUCAUUUGCCUUCAGGAAAAAUCAGAGUACCCAAACACAUGGAAAGAGAUUUAAGUCUUCAUCGUUCUUCAUCAGGCCAGGGAAGGCAUAGCCCAGUUGUAAGGGUUGCUUUACCAAAUGGCCACGUCCCAGUCAAUUCCAAGGUAAAACAUGCCCCGCAGAGUUUUCAGCUUGAAUCUCAGCAGCCUGUUGGAAGGCAGAGCCCACCACUCCCCACUAUAGUUUCUACACAUUCAUUACAUUCAUCAUACACAGCAACUAAUGGGAUGCCUGACCUUUCACCACAAUCAAAUCUUGCUCCCAGUGUUGUGGAAAGUACUGUCAACAUUGCAUCUUCACCCGUGGCAUCACCAUCGAUGCCAGCACCAUCUGAGCCCAGUCAGGAAAAUAAUGCUGUGGAGUUGAGCUACAGAAAUGCAUCUGAGGAUGUGAAUGUUAGUGAAGAACUGCCAUCUUCUUCAGUCCUCAUCAAUCCUAGCUUUGAAUUUGUUGGUGACCCAGCAAGAAAUGUGAAAGUUCUUGGAAACCAUUUGGUGAAGGCGCGGCAAAAGACUAAACCCAAGUACGCAGCGCGCCACUUGGUUCGUGUCUUGUUCCCCAAGAAAACUUUACUGUGCAGCGUUAUGGGAGCGAGUGCACGGGGGCGCAGGACACUGGAUCCAAACAAAAUUGCUGCAAUAAGAGAGUUUCUUGCAACUAACUUUCCAACCUAUGAUUUGAGUGAGCGUGGAAAAGACUGGAAAACCUGUAUCACAAAUGUCAAUUCUAUGAUCCGCUCCUUACGCUCCGAAACCAAAGCAAAGAAAACUGAGGGGAAAGAAAAAGUGUCUGAUGCUCCUGAUACAUCUCAUUGUGUAGAUUUAAAUGAUAAUGAAGAUAGUGGAAACAAUUCGCAAAAUUCUCAGAAAAUGACUGGCUCCACAAUUGACAUGUUGCAGAAUUCAGAAUUGGAUAAGUUUCCAGAAGCUCUCCACACAUCUUCAGUCAGAAAACAACAGUCUUUGGAACCUAUGGAACCUCUUGGGAGCCCAUGGCGCAAUGUUCAGUUGCCUUUCUCGGUGAUUUACGUCGCCAAGGGGAAGACGCGGCCAGAGCUGUCAGCUCGCUUCCUGAUCCGCCACAUGUUCCCUGAAGAGGUGCUGGUGAAAAGCAACGUCUAUGGUAGUCUUGAUCGUGGCAUGAGCCCACUGGAUUCCAAUAAAAUUAAUGCUCUCAGAGACUUUCUUCAAGAGAAUUUUCCAUCCUUUGAUCUCAAUGAAAGUGGAUUUGAUUGGAAGGCGUGCGUGGCUGCCAUAAACAGCACAAUCCGCAGUCUCAGACACGAGCUCAAAAAGGCCACGACUGGAACGCGCCAGAGAGCCCCGAGUGCAGAGUCCCCCAGAGGAUCCCACAGCCGUAAAGCCAGCGGAAAGCAUCUCUCGGAUUGAAGCUCUCUAGCAGCUGCCUCAAAUCUUAAUUUAGCAGGUUUUUAUUAACUCUGUGUAGAAGCCUGUAAUAUCAAGCUGUCCUAUUCAACUGAGUUGUCAGCAGCACUAAAUAGCAUCACU